UCAAAAAGACAGACUGUACAGUCCCCGCCACCAGAACAUGGCGACUACCGCGGUGUUUUCGCAGUUUUGCAGCAGAUGUAGACGGUUGUACACAGCAAAGAUGGCGAAAAGGUGGAGAUUACUGUUACUUAUCAUCUGUGGACUGGCCACACAACACACUUCAGAUGCUCAACUGGAUGUCACGUUGGUGAACGAGUAUCCAAUCAUCGAUUUUCUGACUGGACCGACCUAUUUGAAAACCGUAACGGAUCACCCGCCCCAGAGAAUUUCAUUCGGAAGGGAGACGAACAUCGGGCUGGAUUACGAACGGUUUAACGACGACCUCUGGGCCACUCGUGAGUUCAUCUUCCCGCAGCUGUACUGGCCCGGGUCCAUGUUCACACUGGUCAGGAUCGCCCAGGACUUCAGGAUCGGGUCUUUCUUCACCGAGCUCCAGUUGGACGACGGAGGAACGUUUCGAAUACUAACCGUCAAGAUGUCCAAAUAUGCCCCCAUCAAACCCAUCACGAUGUGUCAGAGGGCGAACGUGGGAGAAAACGUCACGAUCCAGAUGCUGUCCCAGGAGCCUGUUGACCGGGGGGUGUACUGGAGGAGGAACGAGGACCUGAUGUUGGGGAGAAGCACCUUGAACCUGACCCUGAACCAGGUCACGACCGAUUCCUGCGGGGUGUACGAAUGUUACCGGACCAACACCGAGAGGAACCUAGCCCUACAGGGCAUCACCAGGCUGGUCGUCAGAGCCUGUCCGGAUGGAAAGUGGGGACCUGACUGCGGCCAGGACUGUUCCAGGUGCUACAAUGGCGGCAUUUGUGACCCAGAAGACGGAGAGUGCAUCUGUGCCAUAGGCUUCUCGGGCUCGACGUGCGAAACACCAUGUGGGGCCAGAAAGUUCGGGCAGUCGUGCCAACACCAGUGCAACCGACCAGAGUUCAACAUUGACGGCGACGACGCAUGCAGGUCUUACGUCUUCUGCUUACCGGACCCGUAUGGGUGCAGCUGUAAUACAGGCUUCAAGGGGCUCGACUGUACAGAAGCGUGCAAAAAUGGCACAUAUGGCGCAGGGUGCACCGAGACGUGUCACUGCCUGAACGGUGUGUCCUGCAACCGCUUCACUGGAGCUUGUCCGGAUCAAUGCGCGGAGGGUUGGACAAAGGGCCCGUACUGUCAACAUGAGUGUGAUCCCGGUAAGUUUGGUGUCGACUGUAAGAAGACGUGUCACUGUCUCCAUGACGUGCCCUGCGACCGGUUCAAUGGAAGCUGCCCAGGCGCAUGCGCACCGGGAUGGACCGGACCAGCCUGUCAGGUGCGGGACUACUGCGUAUCCAACCCGUGUGAAAACGGCGGGACCUGUGUGAACCACGAUGACGGCUACACCUGCAACUGUACAACAUGGCACCUGGGGAGGCAUUGUGAGAUCUUACGAGAUGCCUGUAACCCCAACCCCUGCCGAAACGGAGGAGCCUGUCAGAUUUUACAAGAGGAAGGGUCUACGGCCGCGGAGAACGAUGACGAGCACAGAUGUCACUGCGUCACGGGGUAUUACGGCUUGUACUGCGAACGAGUGGAUCACUGUGAGCCGGACAACCCUUGUCUUCAUGGCGGAGCUUGCACCACUGACUGGCAGUCGUACGUCUGUCACUGUCCGGCCGGAUUCGCCGGAGUCAACUGCGCAGAUGAGGAUCCAAAGGAACAGAGAGGAUUUCUCCUGUCGACCUUGGGGCCUCUCUUGGCCGGAGCCGCUGCCACAGCUGUGGUGGUUGUCGGAGGGACGACGGGAGUUUGUUACUUCCUGAAGAAGAAAAACGUCAUCACUCCGAAGGCCACCAGUGCCCCUGCCCCGAGACCACUCAGACAAAGUCUGAGAUUAAAAAUGAACGCCAGAAUGAACAGGCUGGAAUAUGAUUACGAGUACUCAUGA